GUUAACUGUAUGUCUCUUUCAACUGGGGUGACUGCUGCUCUCUCGCUCCUGCUCCAGUAAGUGGAGGCACAACUUCCUUCUUCACCAGCCUCAACAUCAUUUCUCAGAAGCUCUGGGCUGUGUUCUGCUGCUACAGCCAUGGCACCAAAAAAGAACAAGGCGACCAAAAAGAGUAAAGGAGACAUAAAUGAGAUGACCAUAAUGGUCGAGGACAGCCCCAUCAACAAGAUCAACGGGCUAAACACUCUGCUGGAAGGAGGAAACGGCUUCAACUGCAUUUCAACUGAAGUUACUGAUUCUGUGUAUGCCCCAAACCUGCUGGAGGGUUUGAGCAGCAUGAGGCAGGACAGCUUCCUCUGUGAUCUUUCAGUCUCCACCAAGUCAAAGUCAUUUGAUGUCCACAAGGUUGUCAUGGCCUCCUGCAGCGAGUACAUUCGAAACAUCUUGAAGAAGGAUUCGGCCCUCCAGAAGAUCGAUCUGAACGACCUCUCACCAGUCGGCCUCGCCACAGCGAUCACAUAUGCAUACUCUGGAAAGCUGACCCUGUCGCUGUACAGCAUCGGUAGCACUAUCGCCGCCGCCAUGCUGCUGCAGAUCGGCACCUUAGUGAAGAUGUGCAGUGAUUUCCUCAUGCAGGAGCUCAGCGUGGAGAACUGCAUGUAUGUGGGUAACAUCGCUGAUGCCUACGACCUCAAAGAAACCAAGGAGGCUGCUCAGAAGUUCAUGCGGGAAAACUUCAUCGAGUUCUCUGAGAUGGAGCAGUUCCUGAAACUCCCCUUCGAGCAGAUCAGUGACUUCCUCUCGGAUGAUUCCCUGCGGCUUCCCUCCGAGAUCACGGCCUUCCAGAUCGCAAUGAGGUGGUUGGACUUUGACGAGAAGAGGUUGAAGUACGCGGCGGAUCUCCUAACUCUUAUCCGCUUCGGCACCAUCUCUGCCCAAGACCUUGUGAAUCAUGUCCAGAGUGCUCCCAGAAUGAUGCAAGACCCCGAGUGCCACCGUCUCCUUGUUGAUGCCAUGAAUUACCAUCUGCUUCCAUACCAACAGAACAUCCUCCAGUCACGCAGAACAAAGUUGCGCGGUGGCCUCAAGGUGAUUUUCACAGUUGGCGGACGCCCUGCCUUGACAGAGAAAUCUCUCAGCAAAGACGUUCUCUACAGAGAUGCAGAUAACGUGUGGAAUAAGUUGACAGAAAUGCCAGCGAAGAGCUUCAAUCAGUGCGUGGCAGUCAUGGAUGGCUUCCUGUAUGUGGCAGGUGGCGAGGACCAGAACGAUGCAAGGAACCAGGCUAAACAUGCUGUCAGCAACUUCUGCAGAUAUGACCCCCGCUUUAACACUUGGAUUCACAUGAGUAACAUGAUCCAGAGGCGCACGCACUUCAGCCUCAAUAUCUUCAACGGCCUGCUCUUUGCCAUCGGAGGGCGAAAUGGUGAUGGCGUUCAGGCCUCGGUGGAGUGCUAUGUGCCCUCCUCCAACCAGUGGCAGAUGAAAGCUCCCAUGGAGGUGCCCCGCUGCUGUCACGGCAGCUCCCUCAUCAAUGGUAAAAUCCUUGUAUCUGGAGGUUACAUCAACAACGCCUACUCCAGGGCCGUGUGCUCAUACGACCCCUCCACUGACAGCUGGCAGGAUAAGAGCAGUCUGAGCACACCUCGAGGCUGGCACUGCGCUGCCACCGUGGGAGACCGAGCCUACGUCAUCGGUGGCAGUCAGUUGGGAGGUCGUGGGGAGAGGGUGGAUGUCCUCGCCGUCGAGUCUUACAACGCUCACAGCGGGCAGUGGAGCUACUGCACGCCUCUUCACACAGGAGUGAGCACGGCUGGUAUUUCCAUUUUGAACAACAAGGUGUAUCUCCUCGGAGGCUGGAACGAGGGUGAGAAGAAGUACAAGAAAUGCAUUCAGGUUUACAACCCUGACCUCAAUGAUUGGACUGAGGACGAUGAAUUGCCGGAAGCUACAGUUGGCAUUUCAUGCUGUGUCGUCACCAUACCCACACGGAAAUCACGAGAGUCCAGAGCCAGUUCAGUAUCUUCUGCACCAGUCAGUAUAUAAAGGUUUAGAUGAACAAUGUAGUUUACAUGUCUGAAUAUCUCAAUCGUUUCUGUUGCAUUACUCUUGGUUCUAAACUCUACCAGUAGUCCCUUUUUUGAGGUUAAGAUGGUUUUUAAAUGUCUAAAUGGUCAACUUUCUUCAGAUGAGCAAAAAUUAAUAAAAUGCAAGGGUUAUAAAUUUGUAAUCUUAUAAGAUUUUUUUUUUAAACCCAUUAAUUAGAUGCAAAGUGAAGUUUUGAAUUCUAUUUUCAGUAUUUAGAGUUGAUUAAUUUGUGUAAUUGGCAUCAUUAUGGUCAGAUAAUGUUCAUGAUAGAGACAAACUGGACAUAGGAAUAACCAAUUUGAUCAGUUUUCAGACAGAAAUGUACCUUUGGGGCCAAUUCAGCUCAUUAGACUUUUUUUCUAUAGCAAAUAUAAUGUUAUUUAAAACUCAAAUGAAAGUUAUAAAAAUGCAAAAUCACUGCUGUUUUUGAGAUUAAUCUUUAACAUGAUUGUCUUUUUUUACAGUGCCAUAACAUUAUUAAUAUUGUGUUGUUUGUUUGCAACACCGUCAUUAAUGUUUGCAGGAUUUUGUGACAGUCCUGUUUAUGACAACUAUAAAAGUUACUGUGAUUCUCAGAUACUUAAACAGAAUAAUGGGCUGGAGCUGGAAUAAAUGUUGGCAUCACCUACCAGGAGUAGGUGCUUGUGAUGAGUUUUUCAACACACUACACAGUAAGGCUGCAGUUUCUCUACAUGUGUCUCAUGUACAGUACUCAGAGGUUGUUGGGAAAAUGUUGGACUGACGAGGGUUGAGUGGGUUAAGAUGUGACAGCAAAUCAAAAUCAAAUCAAAUUUAUUUAUAUAGCCCAAUAUCACAAAUUACACAUUUGUCUCAGUGGGCUUUACAGACUGUACAGCAUACGACACCUCGCACCGCACAAGGAACAGACCACAACGAACUAUUUUGUAAAAAAGAAAAAGAAAAAUAGAAGUUGGGAACGACGUUGUCAGCCUGAGCUUUCCUGGAAGUCAUGAAUUCCCUGACUGCUCAUGUAUUUUCAUUUUUUUGUUUGUUUUUAAAUUAAAGAAAUGAAGUGUAAGCUA